UUACACCUAGCUGUGCAUGUAUAGAUGUCAGAAAGGUGUUUUGAUAUCGUCUGCCAGCAGCAGCAGCAGCAGCAGCACCAGCAACGAAUUCGUAGGAGAGCGAACCCAUCGAAGUCGACAUUGUUCUGCAGCAAAAAAGACUAAUCACAGAAAAGAUGGUGCAUAUGUAGGGAUCAAAUUUGACUGUGAUUGAUACCGUUGUGAAACUUGUGCUGAUGGCAGAGAGAAGCUACGAACAUUCGGGAAUCAAUCAGUGGCAUUUCAUGUGCAACUUUGGCUCGUAUUUGUGGUUUAAUUCACGAUUUAAAUCGUGUCUUCGUUCGGAUGGAUUUGAUGAUGGAAAGUUUUUCGCUGCGUUAAUGGCGUAAAAAAGCAGAAGGAAAAGAGAAGCAAAUUUUUUCGGUUCGAUAGGUGGAUUCACGCGGAUUCUUUCGCAUUAUUUGUGAUUUGUGUCUGUUUUUCCGGAACUGAUUUUGCUUGGGUUUGAAGAGGUUUUCAAGCGUUAAAAUAAAGAGUGUUGAAAUGGAGGAAGUGCAAGUAAUUGACUGUCCUCCGACUCCGGAAAUUUUGAUUGCUUCGAAUACACCACCGUCUUCGACACUGCUGGAUAUGUUGGAGAGUUCUUCGUCGGCGGAGGAGCUGGACAAUUGUUCGGCAAGUGCAGGAAAUGGAUCGAUGGAGAGCGGCCGCAACUCGCCCCCUCCCAAGUGUGCCAUUUGCUUGGGCAAAUGUCGUCAGAAAUGCUACACGGAUUCCUGUCGUCAUCAAUUCUGCUAUCGUUGUCUGCUGGAAUGGAGCAAAAUCAAAGCCGAGUGUCCGCUUUGCAAGCAGGUGUUCCGUUCCAUUAUUUACAGACAGAAGGCGUUCGACCGAUACGAAGAGCACAUAAUAUCGAUCGUUCCCCCUGCGUCGCCGCCUGGUCCGUCAAACGGAGAUGGUCCGAUAGAUAUGGGUUCGAUCGGAGGACCACGAGUCCAUCCUCAGGUGUAUCAUCGAUUGGACUUUACCCUUUCGCAGCCACCCCGUUUCACGUACAGUGCAACGCUUCGUGUUCAGCCCAGUCAAAGCGAGAGGCUGCAGCAACUAUUUUUGAAUCAGUCCAGACUAGUGCAACGCUUCAGUCGCGAGUUUCCCAAUGAUUCGAUACCUUCCAGACAGAAUGGUCCCGAGUGGAGACGGUAUAUCUACCAUAGACAUCUAUACGCGAGACCGCUACCCGAUAUUAACGGCCGAUUGCGAGAAUGUAGCGCCGCCUUCUACAGAGAAAAUCCUGCCCAAAUUCAUCGGUUGAUGCCGUGGAUAAACCGAGAGUUGGUCGCGCUCUGUUUGACCAAUCCUAACCGGGUAACACAGAUUAUGGAGAACAUUCCCAACGAACUGAUGACGAACGAUAUCACUUCGUCGAGGUUUCGCGCCUGGUUGUGGUCUGAGCUUCGCGAUCGGACGGACCUCUUCAUUCACGAGUUGCUUAAUUUUGCCCGAUCGCCAUACGAUAUGAUCGGGUACGACCGAUGCGUCCAGUAUCAUCCCUAUUACCACAGUGUUGUGGUGCUGUCCUCGUCCUCUUCGUCAUCGUCCGGAUCCGGGGUGUCGGCUUCGGAAGGUGAGGAUGACGUGGUCAGGAUUGUGGAACCGGUGGCAGGCACCUCGGGAACGGUAGAACCCGUCGGAACAUCGACCAGUGGUAGCAGAAGAGGAAGAACUCAGUUUACCAUCGAAACCAGAUCAUCGGACCAGACCGUGAUCAUGACUGGAUCCUUCGGAGGCGCGGGUGUGAGUGGGAUAGUUUCCGUGUCCACUUCCGGGACGCAAACGGGCAACGCCGGGCCAAAUGUUCAUAGUUUUCCGGACAUGACACGAAUGCACCCCCUGACCUCGUUGGUCCCCCCACAAGGCAUGAGCCGGCUAGAGGAUGGAACUAACAUAUCUCUAUCGUCCAGUGAUAGUGAUGACUGUCGAAUCGUGGGAGCUCUGAAGCCACCGCAUCUGAGGACACCGGAAAUGGUUAGUCUCGAGUCCGAUAGCGACAGCGACGUGAUGGUAGUCAAUGAGGAAGAGAACCGACGAAUCGUUGGGGAAACGGCGAACAACGCGAUGGUGGAACAGCUGUUUCCGGAGAAUGGGCUCAAUCAUAAUUCAAUCACCAAAGCAGAGGAACAUUCGAGCGUUUCGCCGCCCGAGUACAAUAAUGGUGCUUCGACAUCGUCGGGUGGUGGCGGUUCCGGCAUGAGAAAAUAUUACGCUAGGCCUAGAUUGAAUCGAUACUCGGACGGAAUCGGCUUCAAAAGUAUCUACGAAGCAAGCGAAUCGGAAAAGAGCAAAGAAGCGCCAAGUGAAUCGGAUUCCUCGAGCCACGACGAAGUCAAGUUCAACAUUCGAAGUCAGGCGCCGACGAAUAUCCGUAAGCGUAAGGUAACCAAGCGAAGGCAGGCAGCGACACCUUCCGUCAGUAGUGAUGAUUCUAGCGACCAAAGCUCAACGUCCGAUUCGGAGAGCACUCCUAGCAGUUCCCUCAGCAGUAGCGUUAGCUCCAGUUCAAGCUCAAGUUCAGAAGACAACGAUAGGGAUUAUCCAUUCGAGGAAAAAAUGAAAGCGAUUCUCAAAAAACGUUCACACCGAUCGAAGGUUCGUUCUUCGCGAAAAUCCUCCCAACAUCGCCGAAAGGAAACAACAAAGCGCUCGAAAGCGAAACCCCGAAAGUCGUCGAAGCGCCACCGAAAGCGGCAAAAACCUGUUCCCAAAGUGUCGCCCAAAAGUUCCUCGGAGAGUGGCAAAGGAACUUCCAUAUCCUGCAAGUCUGCCCCUCUGACGGAAACUGUUCCCAGUGGAAGCAAUGCUUCGCCGCCCAAAUCCUCUAUUGGUUCCUCCAGCAGAAAACGCAAGAAAACCAAACACGCCAUCGUAAAACCAAACACGCUCAAACAGUCGUCCAAAAGACGACGCAAGGCGCCCAUAUGUUCGGAACUUAUAAGCAGCACUGAUUUUUCCAACGAGGAAGAAGAUCAGCCAGAACCUGAACCGGCACCAGAACCAGCACCGAUGCUGAGCGUUGGUCCAGUUGCAAACCAUCCGUCGUAUGCAUCUCCUGUUUCCUCUUCCGUUGGGGGCAACAACCCCGAUAACAGCGACGACACAUCCGAUAGUGAAGGCCACUGCACGAUAGCUUCCCUGUUGCGAUCCACAAAGCAGCAACCGGAGGAACAAAUACAUAACACAUCGGGUGCUUCCACUGCCUCCACUGCAUCCACGAUAUCGACCGGAAGCAGUAGCAAUAGCAGCACCAGCAGCAGUAGUAUUAGUUCACGGUAUUGCUCUGACCAAUCGAACAUACAAGCACAAUUACAACAGCAGCAGCAGCAGCUACAGCUGCAGGAGGUCCAGCAGCGGGAGCAUGGCUAUAGCGUGGGACAACUGCCAGAGGAUGACGUUUCUGUUGCGCAAGCGAUUGCCGUUGGGGCCGAAGUAGAGCUCUGAGAUUUGCUGCGCACGGUGAACUUUGCGGAGUGGUGAUGUGAGCAGCUAGCAGUGGGGAAGAAUCAUCAUAUAAUUUUCCUACGCCAAGGAAUGUCAUGAACCAACCAACAGAAGGAGAAUACCAUCCAAACGGAAGAGAGGCUAUGCUAGCGAACCGCCACUGUAAAUAAUCGAAGAAAAAUCAACACUGUAUCUGCACCCUAUUCUCAAUUCCGCGCAACCGACGCGCAUUCACAACGGGACAACAACAGGCUUGUUGAGUAGCUUGACGCGUGGAUAGAAAAGGGAUAUUUCCCAAACACGCAAAUACUUGUUUGACACUUGUAUCGAUAUCAGUGAGCACACUUUUUUGGAAAGGGAAAAAAGGCAAGGACAAAAUUUCAGAGAUAAGAGCAGAAUGAGAACAAUGUGAAAAAAUAACGCAGUGAAAGAGUGUAUUGUUAAUAAAACCGUCGAAUCUUAGCUUGUCGAUAGUUGAAGCCGUGUAAAAAUGCUACAUCUGAUGAUAAAUACCUUAUUUCUCCUCUAACCGAACGUUACAACCCAUCAGCGAUUCGCUGAGAAUCAGAUGAUGUGAUUAGUCGAUAAGAAAAUUUGACACAGAAUUGAAAAAAUAUAUAAAAAAUAGAAUACAAUACGCCCCAACUCACACACUAUAAAAUAUGAUAAGACAUAGCAUAGCAUAAAUGAAAUGUGGCAUACAGCCGUAAUAUGUAAGUAAAUUUGCGAUAAUAUGAUUUUACAUGAAUUGGAUAUAAAUGAUUAUCCUCCUUAGCACGCACUUUUAUUCAGCCCAUAUGUAUUUGGAGGAAG